GACAGCACUGCCAUUCAGAGGAGAGACUGCGUGGAAGUGCACUUGUAUAGCCUACAUGUAUAGGACGUACCAUUUUGCAGACACUGUUAUCCAGAGAGAGUUAUAGGAGCAAUUAGAUUUAAGUGCCUUGCUCAAGAGCACAUUUACAGAUUUUUUUACCUUGUUGGCUCGGCGAUUCAACACAGCGAACUUUCAUUUACUGGCCCAACGCUCUUAACCACUACGCUACCUGCGGCAUGUAUUAGUAUGUGCAGCAUGAUUGGUGUGUAUGUGGCCUGUGUGUGGGUGUAGUAGGUCUGUGUAUGUUUAUAGGAGGUCUGUGUGUAUAAGAAGAUAGUGUGUGUGGAGAAGGUGGUGUGUAGGCAGUAAGUGUGUGUGUGUGUGUGUGUGUGUGUGUGUGUGUGUGUGUGUGUGUGUGUGUGUGUGUGUGUGUGUGUGUGUGUGUGUGUGUGUGUGUGUGUGUGUGUGUGUGUGUGUGUGUGUGUGUGUGUGUGUGUGUGUGUGCGCAUUGACUGUCAGUCAAUCAGUUGGUGAACUUUAACCACACGCUGCCCUCCCUGUGGUUGUCAUGGAAGGCGGUGGCGAGUUGGUGAUUCGGUUACCGGGACGAUCCCAUUCCCCGGACAACAAAGGCGACAGUAACUUUGGGUUAGGCGAGUUUGGCCAGACAAUGGUGUUAAGGCACAAAGAGGUUCACCACUUCUUCUUGGCCCCCUUCAGGGAGCAGCCGAUCUACAGCACGCGGGCCCAUGCGUUCCAGAUUGACCCCAACACCAAGAAGAACUGGGUGCCCACCAGUAAACACGCUGUCACUGUGUCCUACUUCUAUGACAGCACCCGCAACGUUUACCGCAUCAUCAGCCUCGACGGCACCAAGGCGAUAAUCAACAGCACCAUCAGCCCCAACAUGACCUUCACAAAGACGUCUCAGAAGUUUGGCCAGUGGGCCGACAGCAGAGCUAAUACUGUUUAUGGCUUGGGCUUCUCUACUGAACACCACCUGACCAAGUUUGCAGAGAAGUUUUCAGAGUAUAAGGAGGCAGCACGUCAGGCCAAGGGAAAAAGUCAAGAUGGAAAGAUGGAACUAGCCACCUCUCCCUCUCAGGAGUCGCCAGCAGGUGAACUCUCUUCACCUCUGACUCCUGUGACUCCUCCCGCCAUGGACAACAUCAACGGGACAGAUGACCCCUGUGACAUCACACCCGAGCCCCGUCCUGAACCGUCUCAGAACGCACUGGCUUUCACACACAGCCCCUCCAUCAAUAAGCACUGGGAGGCAGAACUAUCAGCUCUAAAGGGGAACAAUGCUAAGCUAACAGCCACUCUGCUGGAGUCCACGGCUAACGUAAAACAGUGGAAACAACAACUGGCUGCCUACCAGGAGGAGGCCGAGAGACUCCACAAACGGGUGACUGAGUUAGAGUGCCAGAACACCCAGACCCCUGUGAUCAAAUCCCAGAAGACAGAGCUAAACCAGACCAUUGAGGAACUGGAAAGCACUCUGAAGGAUAAAGAAGAGGAAAUGGAGCGGUUGAAAGAGGAAGUGGAGAACGCUAACGAGCUGCUAGAGCAGAGACACUCCUUGACACAGAAACUACAGGAGACGGAGUUGCAUGGGCGAGUGUUAGAGGAGCAGCUCCUGGGAGCUGAGCAGCGAUUGGAAGAAAGUCAGGAAGAGCAGGAGAACUUCAGGAAGAGCCUAAGGACCCUACUGGAGAUGCUGGAUGGGAAGAUAUUUGAGCUGACAGAGCUCAGGGACAGCUUGGCCAAGCUCAUAGAGGGCAGCUAGUUAAUCACACACCACCUACCACUGGCCAACACACUGAAUUACACAUAGACACACUGACCCCUACUGGCAGAGUCAGAGAACUAACCACACAGAUACACCACAUGAUUGACAUGGCUCCUAUAGAGCUCACUGGCUCACAGCGCCCCUUAAUGUUAGACAUACAGAACAGCACUCUCACCUUCUGCCAGACCCAUAGAACAAUACUAUACACUGCUGCCAGACCCACACAACAACAUAACCCAGUGCUGAUGACAUAGAACAGCACCCCUUAUUGGCUCCUAGGUGUAUUGUAACUGCACCCUCUCCUUCCAAAAUAACCUCCUGCAGCUGCUGCCACACUGCCCUCAGCAGUUGAACACACAGAACAGGUGUCCCAUGCAGACUCUCUGAACAUAUGUCUGAGCAACGACAUCCUUUGCAGACUGACAGAACAGCAACCCUUUCUGGUAGACUCACAGGAAUACGGCUUUACAGUUAAUUCACAUACAGUAUUCAGUAUCUGGCCCAUGCAGAAAUAAAACCCACAAAUCUAAUGUUGCCAGCACCAUAUUACAACACGCUGAGCUAUUGAAAAUCACAGAACUACAGGAGAGCCCUAAAUCAACCACUGAAACCCACAGAGCAGAAGCAGGAGUCAUGUCCAACACACAAACACACACCUUGGCCUAGGAUUUACAAAGGCUGCUGUAAAUUGGAGUACUGUUUACAUUGAUGUUCAAGUCUUCAUGAGUAUGACUGAACCUUCGCAAUAUGAAAAUAGUAUAGUAUACUAUGACAAGAGAAUCUUCCAGAAGCAUCGGUCAUGCUUUAUUUAGAACUCCAGUUUGCCUAGCGCUUAAGAGCAUUAGGCUAGUAACCGAAAGGUUAUUGGUUAGAAUCCCUGAGCCGGCAAGGUGGAAAUAUCUGCUGUUCUGUCCUUGAGCAAGGCAGUUAAGCCCUAACAACAACUGCUCCCUGGGCGCAGAUGAAGCAAAUUAAGGCAGCCCCAGCACCUCUGUUUCAGAGGUUGGGAAACUGACUCUUGACUGGGAAAUUUCUUUAUGGUUUAUUCUUCACUUCUUAUUCCACCAGCCCAACUGGUUGAUUUCUCACUUCUUAUUCCACCAGCCCAACCCCAGAGACCUGGGGAAUGUUCCCUCUAAACUGCACGUACUUCCUCCAGGACUGCAGCACAGAAGAAAUGCCAUGCUGUGCUCAGAGAUGCAAGAGAUUGAAAUUCACUGAGUUCGCCCUAUAUAGAUCAACGUCUUUCCUGUGAUUCAAUCAACAUUAUAUCACACCAUUUUCAAUGCAACAAAACAAAUCAAACUCUGCAAGAUUGAGUCUGUGAUUGUGUUGUACGCAAGGCCAGUGCACAACGGAGUAUAAUUAUAUUGUCUGGGGUAGCCCACAAGCAUCUUUCAAUCACCAAGUGAAUGCGCUUUUCAGAUGAUUUCAGAUCAGAGUGCAGAGCCGUGCAAGUGCACAUUUGUUGAUAUUCUUUGAUAGUUAGUUAGUUAUUAGACCAGUUACAUAUAAGUAUAGGUCAGCAAUGGGGAGUUACUGCUUCCUACAAGAGCACAAACCUUGUAGGCUACAUUUCAAGCACUUGUUGAAAGGCAAGUCAGAUAAGAAGCUUUUGUCUUAAUUAAAGGGGCAAUGUAUUUUGAGUCAUGCUUGAAUAUGCAAAUAAGCCAAUAGACAGAGGGGUAGCCUAUAUUGUCUAAUUCUCUGUAUGGUAAUAGUAAUUCAUUUUAUUUUGUGAAAUGGUUUAUUCCAUCAUACAACACAAUGCAAUCACCUUUUUGGCCCAUGGUGUUACAAAAAAAAUAAUUGAUUAAUGUCAAUGUAAAAACGUUUUUAAAAGCCUCAUGAAGUGUAGGCCUGCAUUGAACAAUACAUAUAGGCUACUGUAGCGCAUAGAAAACAAAAGCUAUUUCCAUGUGAAAAUGUUAUGGGAUUUGCUCCAUUGGUUGUGUUGGUAGGCCUACCAUUAAGUUCAAAUAGCCAUAAUAGCCUAUUGGCUACUUUCUAAAACUGUAAGGGUACAGCCUCAGUGUUCACUGUAAAUGCGCGCUGGAAAUUGCACAGAAUUCUCACAAUGUUCAAUUUUCAGCUCACACGACCUAAAAUUUGCUCAGUGCCCCCCAAAAUUUGAGGAAACAUUGGACGUGGGGUUUGGAGAAACGUUUCAGAACGUUUCAAGCAGUUCAGAGUUAGCCCUGUUAAUUUGAAAGAUGUUUAAAUGUUUUAAAAUCUUACACAUUCUGAAUCCACCCUUACUUCCUCCUGAAUAGAGAACUGACCUUAUCUUCCUGCAAAGCUUGGAGCAAUGUGUGUGUUACUGAAUGGGUUCUGAACUCUACACUGCUUGAGUGUGUUGGAGUGUGUGUAUGUGUCUAGAGAGACACAUGCACAAAGAGGCCUGUAUACACACUGAGCAAAACCAGACAUUCUCUGGAUGACAGACUUUAAUCUAACAAUCAGGUAUUCACAGUGGUCUGACUCGGACACCAAGACUGCACCUCAAAUGACACUCUAUUCCUUCCUCAUAUAGUGCUUUACUUAUUAAAAGAUACAUAGAAAGACAUAGGUAGUUAGAAAGAUAGAUAGUUGUAUAGUUUAUUUAUGUAACUCUUCAAUAAAAAAAGCAUAGUAUGACAUUUAUGCAUCAGCACUUUAAAAUGAAAGAUUAUAAUAUGGCUUAAAGCAUAAAUGCAAUAUGUGCAAGGAAAGAAGAAAAACUGUACCAUUCAUGUGUCUCUACUGCACUUUAAUGGGAAUAAGGGGAAGACAUGCACCCUAAAACUCUUUGGUCUCAGAAACACUGGGUACACCCACAUGAAAAAAUACUAUGGUUUACUAUAGAAUACUACCGUACUUACAAUAGAAUUCUGUAGUAAACUGUUGUAUACUGUAGAAUACUAUACUACACACUGUAGUAUCCCUUGAUCAUGUGUAGGACUUUACAUACUAUAGAGCCAAGGAGGCUGGUGGGAGGGCUAUAGGAGGACGAGCUCAUUUUAAUGGCUGCAAUGGAGUAAAUGGAACAGAGUCAAACAUGUGGUUUCCGUAUGUUUGCUGUUUGAAACCAUUUUAUUUAUUCCAUUCCAGCCAUUGCAAUGAGCCGAUCCUCUUAUAGCUCCUCCCACCAGCCUCCUCUGCUAUAGAAUGUUGUAGUAUACUAUAGAAUACUAUAGUAUUAUCUGCAAAAAAACACUGUAGUAUAUACUAUAUAGAUCAGGGGUGGGCAAAUCCUGACUGCGAUGAAUACAAAAUAACUGUCCUUAGUUUAUAUAUAUUUUUAUAUUCAGUAUAUAUUAUGUAUAUUAAAUAAGACAUACUGUAUAAUAUAACUUUAUACUUGGGCUCGGGUGUAACCAGAAAGUUGGUUAAAUCUGCAAAAUAAUUUUCUGUUGCUUUGCUGUAUGUUUUUGGAUUACAGAAAUCAAUAUCUUAAUUUUGAGAUGAAUGAUGUAAAUGAAAUGCUUUUCUGAGAUAAUGCAGAGGAUAUAAGAAUUUGUUUUCCUAUUUUGUAACUUGUGGUACUUAAUUUAAGUAUGAGUGUAUUUAAAACUGUGAGAAAGCUGGCAAUAUUUUGGACUAUUUAAGUAAUUUUGAACAAAAUUGAGGAUGCUAUUUAAUUAGAUGUAGGUUUUUGGAUAAUGAUGCUAGGGUGUACUGCUGGUGUGAUGACGCAUUUGUGAUGAAAUAUGUGGUUGUGGUGGAGAUGAAUUUGCCAAAUUGUAUGGAGAAUUCAGAGCUUUGACACUAUUUCAAAAGUUUUGUAAUCAUCAAAUAAUACUACAGGAAGGGAUCACUGUUUAAGUAAAGUUCUUAAAAUAGUUUCUAGACUGACCAGCUUUGCAAUGUGACACAUUGGUUGAAAUGGUUGAAAUUGGUUGAAAUGACAUCAGGCUGACAUAUUCUGGUUGUUGUAUACAGGCGUAUUUUUUUUACGUCUUUCAGAAAAUGUCCAACCUUUUUCCAGACUUAUUCAAUUGGUCAUGAAAAAGACAUCUUGAGAUAUUUGGAUAUCUGACAUAAAAAAAACAGACUUCAACCACAACUAUUACAUCAUUAUGACAUUGUAUGCUCACUAGGUCAUGUUCAGAAAUAUGUUGGGUUUAGAUUUCAGGGGUUCCAUGCACUGUCUGUUUCUUUCAUUUACAGAACCAUGGACAUGAGAAUGGACUAAUGGGAAAUUGUUGGGUUUUAUUUUUCAAAACAGCUGAUGGACUAAACUGUGUAGCUUAUUUUAUAAAAACAUAAUAGCUCUCAUUGGUCUGGCUAUAACUGCCAUGGAGUCAAUUUGUAUUUCUCUGGUGGAGGUAGUGAUACUGUUUGCAGAAGCAUACCUUCAUUAUACGUUGACAAAAUUGCACAGAAUGUCAGGAAAUUCAACACAUAAGUAAAAUACACAAAACACCAUGAAUGGAAUUUUAAAAUACUUAAAUGAAUUAACUAGGCCAAAAUAAUAAAACAUGUCACAAUUUAUAUUUUUCACAGAAAGAGAGGCAACUUCAGUACUCGGUAUACAAGGUUUUAUUAAGCUUUGAAUACAUAUGAAAAACAGAGAAAAGGCAAAAAAGUUAUUUUUUGAAAAACUAUUGCUAUAUAAAUGUGAAACCAUUAAAUGUUCAAAUAAAGACAAUUUGACCGUUUAGGUCAAUCACA